AUGGCGUUGGCGAUCGCGCGCGCGCGGACGUCCACGCGCGGCGUGAGCGCCGCGCAAGCGCGCGUGCGGACGCGAAGCACGCCGACGACGUCUUCGAGGCGGUUGCACGUGACGCGAAGCGCGGCGGACGCGAAGAGCGCGAGCGCGGAGGCGACGAUCGAGAUCGACACGACGAGCGAAGACGCGUACACGGUGAUCAGGAUCAACGACGCGCCAAAUAAGCCGGGGACGCUGCGAGUGAUCACCACGGCGCUCGCAGAUCUUGGGUUGAACAUCGAGAAGGCGAUCGUGGACAGCGCGAAGGAUGAUUUGGUGAGCGAUAUCUUUCACGUGACGGACUCGAGUGGGAGCAAGGUGACGGAUGCGGAGGACGUGGAGAACAUCAAGGUGUGCCUGUCGAUGAUCCUGCGAGCGCACUUCUCGAACGUGAGCGAUGUGGCGAGACCGGACGCCGAGAUCUCGAGUGCGCCGCAGGGUUCGGCGCAGCGAAGGCAACACGAUUUGCUCUACUCUCUCAUGGACCGAUAUCUGCGCAACGACGUGAUGAGCGUUCAGGAGUCCAUCGUGAAUCACGUCGAGUACACGAUGGCGAGAAAUAGGUAUCACUUUGAUGACUUUGAGGCGUACAACGCGGCCGCUUUCUCGGUGCGCGAUCGCCUGAUUGAGAGCUGGAACGACACACAGCAACACUUUCGAGACAAGAGUCCUAAACGUGUGUACUACCUCUCCAUGGAGUUUUUGAUGGGUAGAUCGUUCUUGAACUCCCUUUACAACUUGGACAUCAAGCCACAGUUUACGGAGGCGCUGCACCAACUCGGCUACGACAUGGAGAAUCUCGUCGACAAGGAGCGCGACGCCGCGCUUGGGAAUGGCGGACUCGGUCGAUUGGCGUCAUGCUUCCUGGAUUCCAUGGCCACUCAGGACCUUCCGGCGUGGGGAUACGGGAUUCGCUACCAGUACGGCAUGUUCCGUCAAACAGUCACGGAUGGUUUCCAACACGAGCACCCCGAUUAUUGGCUCAACUUUGGAAACCCGUGGGAGAUCGAACGUCCAUAUAUUUCGUACCCAGUGAAAUUUUACGGAGGCAUCAGAGAAUACGAAAUCGACGGCGUCAAGAUGUACGAAUGGCUCGCUAACGAAGAAAUCAGCGCGGUGGCGUACGAUAAUCCCAUUCCGGGAUGGGACACGCCGACGACGAUCAACCUAAGACUUUGGAGCGCUAAGCCGUCAAAGGAAUUUGAUUUGGAGUCGUUCAACACGGGCGACUACGUGCAAGCCAUCUUAUCCAAGCAACGUGCGGAAACUAUCUCAUCGGUGCUUUACCCUGAUGACCGCACGUACCAAGGUAAGGAGCUUCGCCUGAAGCAACAGUACUUCAUGGUGUCUGCCACGCUCCAGGACAUCAUCCGCCGUUACCUGGUAAACCACCAAACGUUUGACCAGUUUCCCGACCAAGUUGCGAUUCAGUUGAACGACACGCAUCCUUCGCUUGGUAUCCCCGAGUUGAUGCGGCUUUUCCUGGACGAACACAAACUUGGCUGGACUAAGGCAUGGGAUAUCACCUCGAAGGUUUUUAGCGUCACCAAUCACACCGUGCUCGCCGAAACUUUAGAGAAGUGGCCUGUCGACUUGAUGGAGAAGGUGUUGCCGCGCCACAUGAUGAUCAUUUACGACAUCAACUGGAGGUUUAUCCAAGAGCUCGCGGCGACGAUCGGUGAAGAUUAUACGCGCAUUGGGCGCAUGAGCAUCAUCGAAGAGGCCCCAGACACUAAGUACGUGCGCAUGGCGCACCUUGCGCUCGUGGCAUGUCACACCGUGAAUGGCGUCGCUGAAAUCCACAGUGAACUUCUCAAGAGUCGAAUAUUUGCGGACUUCUACAACAUCAUGCCAGAAAAGUUCCAAAAUAAAACGAACGGCGUCACGCAGCGUCGCUGGCUAGCGUUUAGCAAUCCAGAGCUUCGUGAUUUGAUCUCAAGCAAACUCGGAGGCGAUGCCUGGAUUCGCGAGCUUGAGUCGCUCCAUGAGUUGGAAAAGUACGCAGACAACGCGGAGUUUCAAGCGCAGUGGCGCGCCAUCAAGACAAACAAUAAGAAAAAGUUGGCGAAAUACAUCGAGGAGAAGACUGGGACCGUCGUUAACCCGAAUGCUUUGUUCGACAUUCAAGUGAAGCGAAUUCACGAGUACAAGCGACAGUUGCUCAACGUCUUUUACGUUAUCCACAAGUAUAAGCAGAUUAAGGCCGCGACGUUAGAGGAGCGCAAAGAUUUCGUGCCGCGCGUCGUUUUGAUCGGUGGUAAAGCUGCACCGGGCUACGAUAUGGCCAAGCGCAUCAUCAAGCUUGUGUGCUCUGUCGGAGACGUUGUGAACAACGACCCAGAUGUCGGCGACUUGCUCAAGAUUGUGUUCGUUCCAGAUUACAACGUGAGCAGCGCCGAAACGAUCGUGCCCGCGGCGGAGUUAUCGCAGCACAUUUCCACGGCCGGCACCGAGGCUUCCGGCACGUCCAACAUGAAGUUUGCCAUGAACGGCUGCCUAAUCAUAGGUACGAUGGACGGAUCCAAUGUUGAGAUUGCGGAGGAGAUAGGCAAGGAGAACAUGUUUAUCUUCGGAUCUAGCGCCGCGGACGUUCCGAUCUUGCGCGCUGAGCGCGCGAGAUUCAAAACACCUCAGGAGUUCGACGCCAUCGUCGAAUCUAUUCGCGAAGGUGCGUUCGGCUGGGCCGACUACUUUGCGCCGCUGUGCGACGCCGUGCACGGAGGCGCCGAUUACUACUUGCUCGCGAACGAUUUCGAGGACUACUGCCGAGCGCAGAGUCUCGUGGACGAAACGUACAAGGAUGAAGCAAAAUGGACGAAAAUGAGCAUAAAAUCCACGGCACGAUCCGGCAAGUUCAGUAGCGAUAGAACCAUUCGAGAGUACGCCAAGGACAUCUGGGGCAUCGAGCCAUGCCGAAGAGUCGACCCAGGUAACCCCCGAUGA